AGUUUUCGCGCGAAAAUCGACACCGUUUUGACAUGCGCUACGAAAAGACUGAGUUCACUCGAGCUCUACUCUACGAGUAUAUAAAUUCCAAAAAUUGGCAAUCCAAUCUUCACUCGCUAUCUUUUGUAUUUCGUGGUAACUUCAAUUUUUUUUUUGACAAAUUCUCGAUUAAUCAUGUCUGGUCGUGGUAAAGGUGGUAAAGGUCUUGGAAAAGGUGGCGCUAAACGUCAUCGUAAAGUUCUUCGUGAUAAUAUCCAAGGUAUCACAAAACCAGCUAUCCGUCGUUUGGCUCGUCGUGGUGGUGUAAAACGUAUUUCCGGAUUGAUAUAUGAAGAAACACGUGGCGUAUUAAAAGUUUUUCUUGAAAACGUCAUCCGCGAUGCUGUCACUUAUACCGAGCAUGCUAAACGUAAAACCGUCACUGCCAUGGAUGUUGUUUAUGCAUUGAAACGUCAAGGACGUACCUUGUAUGGUUUUGGCGGUUAAAACAUUUAUUGUUUUUUCAACAUUAUCCCAACCUAGUUAUAAAUACCUCAUACGAAAAACGGUCCUUUUCAGGGCCACCAAUAAUUUACUUGAGAAUUAAGAGCUAUUUUUUGAAAUUGAUUUAUUCUGUAAUCUAAUGAUGAUGCAAUAAAAACUUUGUUGAAGUUGAA